UUCUCCAUUUUGCACGGCAUCGAUAAAUUCAUCAAAUUUUCUUGGAUAAAAGACCAAAAACUUGCGGAAAAUAGUGAAAAAGCUCCCAAAAUUACUCGUUGGCUGUUAUUCCAUUGAAUUUCUACAAAAAAUUUGCGGAAUUUGUAAGAAUUGUUGUCAAAUCAAACGAAAACUGAAACAAAGGAACCUCGUCGUGAAUAUUUUUUAGAAUUAUUUUUUUUUUGUACAAAAAUGAGCCAAUUUUCCCACAUAAAUGACAUUCAAAACCUCAUGAUAAUGGAUGGUGACUUGAAACGCGGACAAGCCCCGCGAUGGAUGAAAAAGGCCGAAGCCUCGUCGUUGUCCUCGAGCGUCUUAAACAACACAUCCAUGAACACAUCGAAACUCUCCGUGUCGUACAAUCAAUUCGGUGCCAAUACAAACAGCAGCAAAACGCCAAACAAGAAUUCCGGCAAAAAAACGCCGGGCAAGUCGCCGUCCCGCAAGACAAUUACCCCAAACAAGAACAACACGAACAAGACUCCGUCUGGCGCAGGCGAUCGUUUCAUUCCGAAUCGGGCGACGACGAAUUUUGAACUUGGUCAUUACAUGGUCAAGCAAGAACAAGUUGAACAAGCGGAAGAAGGAGCAGAAGGUCAAAUCAAAACAAGUCCCACCAAGACAGAGCAUCAAAAGUUGCUGACAGAAACCGUUCAAGGUGGUGGCGAUUUGAAGAACAAACGGAUCUUGUCUUACCAAAAUAAGGCACCAGCAGCUCCAGAUACCCACACGAACCCCUUAAAGGUCGUUUAUUCGAUUAGGACUCCUGCCUCGGGAAAAAGUGGCACACGUUACAUUCCAACUGCACCGGAACGUAUCCUCGAUGCGCCUGAUAUUAUCAACGAUUACUAUCUCAAUCUAAUGGACUGGAGCUCAACAAAUUUGGUGACAGUAGCUCUCGGCAACUCCGUUUACCUCUGGAACGCAACAACUGGCAACAUUGACAUCCUUUUCGAGAACGAAGGAGAUCACGCUUGCUCACUAUCGUGGAUCACGGAAGGCAAUAUUUUGGCUGUUGGAACAAAUGCUGGCACUGUCGAGCUUUGGGACGUUCACCAAAUGAAGCGACUUCGUGUCAUGGAUGGUCAUGUGUCGCGCGUCGGUUCGCUCGCAUGGAACUCUUAUUGCAUCAGCUCGGGAAGUCGUGACGGCAAAAUCAUUUCGCACGAUGUUCGGCAACGGGAACACAUCAUCAACACGCUCAACGGUCACACACAGGAAGUUUGCGGCUUGAAAUGGUCCACAGAUUUCCGUUAUUUGGCAAGCGGUGGCAACGAUAAUCUCGUGAAUAUCUGGCCAGUUGUGUCGGGCGGUGUUCAUGCCAACAACACGCCACUUUACACGCUGAAUGAGCAUCAAGCAGCGGUUCGAGCUCUCGCCUGGUGUCCAUGGCAACCGAAUAUUCUCGCAACUGGUGGCGGCACCGCUGAUCGAUGCAUCAAAUUUUGGAAUGUUAGCAAUGGCAUUUGUUUGAAUUCGGUGGACACAAAGUCGCAAGUGUGUUCGUUGCUGUUCGCGAAGAAUCACAAGGAGCUGAUUUCGGCGCACGGGUAUGCCAAUAACCAAUUGACGAUUUGGAAAUAUCCUUCAAUGAUUAAACAAAUUGAUCUCACGGGACACACUGCUCGCGUCCUGCAACUUGCCAUGUCACCCGAUGGCCGUACUGUGAUGAGUGCCGGCGCCGACGAAACCCUCCGUUUGUGGAAUUGCUUCCAAGUGGACCCAAACACCGCCAAGAAGAAGGAACCGCUGACACGCGAGAAACCAAGUGUCUUCAAACAAAGCAUUCGAUAAAAUCUCGCCGAGAAAAAUUAUUUUUGACUGAUAUUUUUUUUUUUGCAGCUAGCUUUACUGCAUGUUUAUUUGACAAAGUCUAGUUUAAUUUUUGGAAACAUAUUUUUUGAAUGUUUUUCGUAUCUACAUUAGUUAAUUUAUAUUAAAAGAUUCAUCAUCAAUGUCUGUUAGUUACGUUUUACAAGCCAUUUUUACAAGUAACGAAUAAAGAAUUUA